AUGGACAAGGAAUGGAUAUUUUUAGAUAAGCACACUGAUGAAUAUAAUGCUGGAUUGCAUGCAUUCCUCAAUUAUGCCUUAGAGCAUGCUUCUUUUGAAGGUACAAUCAAGUGUCCAUGUAAAAGGUGUCAUAAUGGCUACAAUAGACUGCCUGCUGUUGUUGAGCAGCAUCUUUGGGUGGAUGGCAUGGAUCCAAAAUAUGUUAACAUCCCCUGGACUGAGCAUGGUGAGCAUUUACCAGCUGUAGUUGAUCAUAAUAUGGCAGGGCCUUCAUCAUAUCAACCAGAUUUUAAUUUGUCGGGACCGUCAUCACAUCAACCAGAUUCUGAUGUGCAAGAUAUGUUGCACGAUGCAUUUGGUAUGUACGAAGGUGAAGAUGAUUUACUAGAACCAGCAGAGACUACUGAAGGUCCAUCCUUGCCUAACGGCCCUACCCCUGAUGCACAAAGAUUUUACCAGCUUUUAGAAAAAGCUGACGCUGAAUUAUACCCUGGUGCAGGAAAAAAGAUGUUUGAUUUUUUGAUAAAGCUGUAUCAAAUAAAAGCAUUGAACAGUUGGAGUGAUGUAUCGUUCACACAAUUGCUUGAAUUGUUAAAGGCUUAUUUGCCCCCAGGGGAAACUCUUCCUGCUUCUUUCUAUUUAACAAAAAAGUUCAUCAAAAGUCUCGGGCUGACAUACCAGAAAAUCGAUGCGUGUCCAAACGAUUGCAUGUUAUAUUGGAAGGAAUAUGCUUCAAACACAGUUUGUCAUGUAUGUGGUACAAGUCGGUACAAAGAGAACACCUCCCCUACAAAGAAGGUACCAGCCAAGGUUUUGCGUUACUUUCCAUUAGGGCCAAGGCUUCAAAGGUUGUACAUGUCUCGCCACACCUCUGAAUUUAUGGUUUGGCAUUCUGAAAAGAGACCACGAGAUGGGGUUCUACGUCAUCCAGCCGAUUCUCUUGCUUGGGAAGAAUUAGACAAAAUUGACAAUAAUUUUGGCUCUGAUGGUCGAAAUGUUCGUUUGGGCCUAGCCAGUGACGGAUUCAAUCCUUUCGGUAUGAUGAGUUUGUCCCACAGUACUUGGCCUGUUAUCGUUACUGUUUACAAUCUCCCUCCUUGGUUAUGCAUGAAAAAGUCAUACAUGAUGCUAUCGUUGCUCAUUCCAGGCCCUAAAAGUCCAGGGAAUGACAUAGAUGUGUACCUGCAACCUUUGAUAGAUGAAUUGAAAAUUCUAUGGAUAGAAGGGGUUCCUACGUAUGAUGCGUUCAAAAAAGAGGUUUUUCAGAUGAGAGCUGCAUUAUUGUGGACUAUAAAUGACUUCCCAGCAUAUGCCAUGUUGUCUGGAUAUAGCACAAAAGGAUCUAAAGCUUGCCCAACUUGUGGUGAAGAGACUGAUUCUUUUAGGUUGCAUCACGGUAAGAAAGAAAUCUACAUGGGACAUCGAAAGUGGCUGCCAGAUAACCAUAUUUUUCGCACAUGGUAUAAUAACUUCAAUGGAUCAACUGAGCAUCGUAAACCCCCCAAACCAAUGACAGGUUUAGAUUGUUUGAGGGCGUUAAGUACAUUGGAGUUCCAGUUUGGAAAGGGAAAGGAAACAAGCUCUAGUCGUAAAAGGAAACGAGUUCAAAAUAAUGAUAACACAAAAUACACAGGACCGUGGAGGAAGCAAAGUAUUUUUUUUCAACUACCUUAUUGGAAGGACUUAUUAUUGCGUCACAAUAUCGAUGUCAUGCAUGUUGAGAAGAAUGUUACAGAGAGUGUCAUUGGGACUUUGCUUGGAAUUGAUGGAAAAAAUAAAGAUAGCUUAAAGGCACGCCUUGACAUGGUCUUAAUGGGUGUUAAGCAUUCGCUCCAUCCUGAGGCACGUGGUGACCGAACAUGGCUACCCCCGGCGAAAAUCACUUUAUCCAAAGACGAGAAGACACUAAUGUGCAAAGUACUUGAGUCGGUUAGGGUGUCUGAUGGAUUUUCAUCAAACAUUCGUAGAUGUGUAAGAGUUGAUGAAAGAAAAUUGGUUGGUCUUAAAAGUCAUGAUUGUCACAUAAUUAUGCAGUAUCUACUUCCAGUGGCCAUCCGUCGUUCACUAAAACCAGACAUAACCAAGACGAGGCAGCAAUUGCAGGACCUGUGCAAUUUCGAUGGAUGUACCCAAUCGAAAGAUGGAGUUGAGUCAAAAAGAACAAGAAUUGGUCGUAAUGCUGAUGACCCUGGGAUUGUUCCUCGUGAAGGAUUACCAUUAUUUGUCGGGAUGGGACGAUCUAUAGAACCAGGACACGAGUUUACACUAACUGACCUUGAGUGGGAACGCGCACAUACACAUGUGUUGAUAAAUUGCCCUCAGAUUAAGCAACAUCUAGACGACCAUGUGGCAAACACACAGCGGACUAAGAAUAGACGCACAACUUUGAUGGAGGCUGAAAGACAAGCAAAUAAUACAUUUUCGAUAUAUUUUCAGGAAUUGAUUGAGAGAAGAGUACAACGAAAAGAAUUUGUCGACCCAGACAUUCGAGCCUUGGCUAUAGGACCAGAUAAAAAGGCAAGGCGAUUCAACAAGUACAUCAUGAAUGGGUUUCGCUUUUUUGUUAAAUCUAUUGAUGCUCAAUCAAAUACUCAAAACUGCGGUGUGUUUGUUAAAGCUGGGAUGAGUAGCUAUGCUACUGCGGGAGAUCGUAGACCAAGGGAUGGUGUAAAAGACUACUACGGUGUACUAACAGACAUCAUUGAGCUAGAUUAUCACCAUGGUCGGAAAGUCUUAUUAUUCGAUUGUGAUUGGGCAGAUAAUAGAGUUCGCAAUAGAGCCGUCAAAAUGGAUGAGUAUGGCUUCAUUUUGGUAAAUUUUGAUCAUCUACUUCCUAAACCGGACACUCUCAUUCUUGCAUCACAAUCAGUGCAAUUUUUCUAUGUUCAAGACCCAACUGAACCGAAUUGGCACACAGUGAUCCGAACCCGACCUAGAGAUUUAUUUGAUAUGGGCACAGACAUAGAACCGGAGCCUUAUGAUGCCCAAAAUUUGAUUGUAGGGAUUAACGAUGACGGAAUAGCAAGAACAGACAUGGACGGUGUUCUAGUGAAUGAUGUCAUAGAAUGA